CGCUAAUUAGCUGGGCUAGUGGUACUCAAGGAAAAGCCAGUAUAGAACGCGGGCUGUGAGCCGGUAUCGGGAAAACUUGGGAGCGAGGCAGAUAAAACGUUUUACUCAGUUUCAGGAAAUAUUGUCGGAAUGCUAGGUGUAGGGCGUCGUGCUGCAGGGCCGCCAUUGAGUCUACCAUCCACACUGGAGGACACAACGGCCGGGUGGAAAGGUGGACCAACAGGUGGUCCCGAUAAUCAAUCAGUAGGUGGCGGAGGUGGGAGUGGACCGGGUAACGGACCAGGAGGUGGAGGAGGAAAUGGCGGCUUUACACCAUCCGGACCCGGUUCAUUUGGCAAUUCAGUACCGGUUUUUCAACAAGCGGGGCAAGGUUCACCAGCUAGUGGUAAUCAAUCGGUAGGAUAUCAAGGAGGGCCCACACCUGGGUCCAACACACCUCAAUAUACAGCAUCACCCGCCCCAUCAGGUUCAUCGACGCCAGGACCUGGGCCACCGCAAAAUGUCAGUGGAGCCGGCUUCCCACCGCCACCUAAUUCAGCGGGUCCGCCAUAUAAUGGACCAGGACCAGGACCCGGUGGGCCAUUUGGAUCACCAUCUGCCGGCAAUGCACCGUUUGGCCGCCCGGGUAGUUCGGGACCUGCGUUUCCUGGUGGACCACAUUUUGCAUCGCCCGGUGGACCGGGCGGUUUUGGUGGCCCACAGUUCGGUAUGCCACCUGGUUCACCGUUUGGUCAUGGACCCGGUGGACAUCCUAUGGGCCCUAUGGGUCCCGCACAUAUGAUGGGAGGACCACAACCUGUGGACCGAAUGGAUCAAGGCGAAAGCAACUGGACGACAAGGCCUAGGAGACAUACAUCAUAUUUUAGCCAAACAGAGCACAGGGUUUUUGAAUUAAAUAAACGGUUACAGCAAAGGACCGAGGAAAGUGAUAAUUGUUGGUGGGAUUCAUUUGCCACGGAAUUUUUUGAAGACGAUGCUACCUUAACGCUUUCAUUUUGUUUAGAAGAUGGACCUAAGCGAUAUACAAUAGGAAGGACGCUAAUACCUCGAUACUUUCGAAGUAUAUACGAGGGUGGAGUAAUCGAAUUGUAUUUUCAUUUAAAACACACUAAGGAAUCUUUUCAUAAUACAUCAAUUACAUUAGACUGUGAACAAUGUACAAUGGUGACGCAUCACGGGAAACCUAUGUUUACUAAAGUUUGUACAGAAGGCCGACUAAUAUUAGAAUUUAUGUAUGAUGAUUACAUGAGAAUAAAAUCGUGGCAUAUGAGUGUGAGAACACAUCGGGAACUUAUACCUAGAAAUGUUGUUGGAAUGCAUUCCUCACAGCCUGAUCCUACGAUACUCGAACAAAUUUCAAAAAACAUUACACGUCAGGGGAUCACAAAUUCAACGCUUAAUUAUCUACGCUUGUGUGUAAUAUUAGAACCAAUGCAAGAGUUAAUGUCAAGGCAUAAAGCCUACGCCCUUAGUCCUCGCGAUUGUUUAAAAACAACAUUAUUCCAAAAGUGGCAGAGAAUGGUUGCUCCGCCGGGUAAGAGAGACGCACAAAGACCAGCAAAUAAACGACGGAAAAGAAAAGGAUCAAAUUCCGGAGGACCUGCAAAUAAUGCCCCACCAGUGCCAAGUAAAAAACGUUCACCAGGACCAAAUUUUUCCUUAGCGUCGCAGGUAGAUGUGAUGGUAGUGGGUGAACCGUCGUUAAUGGGCGGCGAGUUUGGAGAUGAGGACGAGCGACUGAUAACACGAUUGGAAAACACACAAUACGAUGCGACAAAUUCGCUUGAUCAUGAGAAUCAUGCAGGCUUCGGUCAUGCUGACUCGCCCCUCACGGGACCGAAUUCAUGGAAUGUGGAUAGAAGCGGCGGUCCAGGCGGGCCUGGAGGUCCUGGUGGAGGAGGUGGCGGACCACAAGGAAAUACCCCGUCCAAUCAGGAUACCGAUAAGAAAAGUCCGGCCGUGUCACAGUGACGGAUGUUAAACUAAUUAUUUUUAAGUUUUGUUUUAAAGGAGAUGCGGAUCGAUUUUUAGCCAUUUUUACAUUGUUUUAAACGGAAGGGUUAACAAUUCUCAUGAUGUGUUGGGGCUCAUUCUAGCGACACUGAUAUCGCGAACUAUGGAACAGUUCACAAGAUUCAGAGACAAACAAUGUUUUUUUCGAAAUACUUAAGGUCGAUGAUUCGGUGGCGUAGAGCGGACAACAGUGAACUUUCGAAGUUUUUUGAUACCAUAAACGACUGCAACGGGCUAAUUUUUAUCAUGCAAUAUUGAAUUGAUAACUUUAAGGGAAGCAAAACUGAAGUGGCUGUCUUCGCGCACCAAUGACUUAAAUCCAGAGCAACAUUCACCCUACUAUAAUGAAAGUGAUCAAGGUUUUUGAAAGCACGCGUGACUUUAAUGAACAUGUUUAAUAAAAGACAUUUUUGAAAGAAUAAUUCAAGAGUGAGAUAAAAAACUAAAUUGAAAUUGAACUGCUACGAUUGACGGGAGAGACAUACACAAAACAGUGAAAGAAGCAGAAACCAACCAACCAAUUUUAUUAUUAAAAAGUAAUGGAUAAAAGAUAAACUAUAGGUGGAAUUUCUAUCUAUUAAUUUUAAUAAACAUUAAAUAGGAGCUAAGGAAUGAUUGACGUAAUAAAGUGAAGUGAACGUGGAUGCAAUUGUAAAUCUAUAUAUAAAUAUGAAAAAUAAAUAUUAUAUAAUAUAUAUAAAUAUAAUUGUACAUUUUAAGUUUUUAGUGUAGCUAAAUGAAACAAAAGAGGAAAUCUAAAAAACUUGAUUUUUUUGAAUAUAAGCGAGUGUGAGCGUAUGAAAGUUAUAUUUGAAUAAUUAUUUGAAAAAUGAUUUAAAAAACAACAAAAAAUAACUUAACAAAACAAAAAAUACAAAAGAUGAUAAAUAAACAGCGCCAAAAAUUCCAUA